AUGACUUUCGGCUUGUUUCUCUCGCUUCUGAAUCAUAUGUUUUACGACUCGAAGGUGGAUAUACUUACGAAUUUUAUUCCGCAAAUAUUGUUCCUCGGCUGCAUUUUCAUCUACCUUUGUGGACAGAUGUUUGUCAAGUGGUUUUUUUCCGUUGAAAAGGGCGUCGUGCUAGGAAUGCAAUAUCCCGGUAUGCAGCUUUUUACCGAAUUACAUUAA